UUUAUUACCGGGUGUCUUACAAAGUAGUCUCCUGCAUUGACAUGGAGACGUCGGUAGUUCUGCCAGUGGAAGCAGAGGGGUUCGUUCAAAGUCUGGAAACUUUCUCCCUCAAGGAAAUCGGCUCUGAGAGGUGGUUCAGACAGCAUGAGUAUAUUGAGAAACUCAACAUGCAGGCAAUUCUGAAUGCUUCUGCCAUGCAUGAUGAAUUUGUCAAGGAGUUCCUGGUGUCAUACGGAAAGAUACCUGUCCUGGUCCAUGAGAUGAUUGUUGUUGAGGUCUGGAAACAAAAAGUGUUUCCAAUCUUAUGUCAGCUGCAAGACUUCAAUCCGCAGAACACAUUUCAUCUUUACAUGGUGAUCCACCAUGAAGCCACAAUCAUAAACCUACUUGAGACAAUAAUGUUUCAUAAGGAUUCAUGUGAGGCUGCUGAUGAUUCUGUUCUUGACUUGGUGGACUACUGCCACCGCAAACUCACCUUGCUGGCCAGUGAAGCAACCAGGGAAUGUGCCGUGACUCAUGACCAGCACAAAGUGAUAAGCACUAUUGAGGAGUUGCAGAUGCAGAGUGCUGCUCUGGAGUUUGAAAUCUCCCUGAAAGCUGUAUCUGUGCUGCGCUACAUCACAGAUCACACUGACAGUAUCAGUGUUAUCAGUCGUAUGCUGUGCACACAUAAUGUCCCAUGUGUGCUGGUUCAGCUGAUUGACUGCUGCCCUUGGAGUCGCUGCGGAGACGGUGAAGUACAAAAGUACAUAAAUGGUAAAUGGCAGAAAAUUCCUGCUGAAGAUCAUUUAAAGAUGACAAAAUUGGAUGGCCAGGUCUGGCUUUCCCUUUACAAUCUGUUAUUAAAGGAGGACUGCCAAAGGAAAUACGACUUCAACAGUUUCAACAAGAGCCAGCUUCUCAAGCUCCGGGGUUUCUUGACAGAUGUGUUGGUUGAUCAGUUUCCAAACCUGAUAGAGCUGCAGCGCUUCCUGGCUCAUCUUGCCGUUACAGACGCAGCUCCUCCAAAAAAAGAGCUAAUUUUGGAACAGAUCCCAGAAAUGUGGAACCACAUUGUCAGAGAGAACUCUGGGAAGUGGAAGGCAAUAGCUAAGUAUCAAGUCAAAGAAACAUUCAGCCUAUCAGAAAGUGACUUGAUGCGUCAAGCACAGAGAUUGGCUCAGACAUACAACUUGGAUGUGAUGGAGAGUUUACUUCCUGACAAACCAAAGUGUGGAUUUUGUGGAAAAGGGGCUACAAAGAGAUGCUCUCAGUGCCAGGGAGAAUGGUACUGUCACAGAGAGUGUCAGGUGAAGCACUGGCCCAAACACAAGCAAACCUGCAAGCUCAUAGCCGAGACCACAGAGACGAUCCAGAGGGACGUGCACAUCAGCAGCUGAGAAAGAGACAUGGAUGGAACCCUCACCGAUGGCAGAUGCAAAAGUUACACGAUGGAAAGAGAACUGCUUCUGAUUAAUGCGUAAAUCUUUGCUGGAAAUCUUUAUGCACCACUGCAGAUUUUCGUUGAAAAAGCUGUAAUAAAAUCUUUAACUUCCUGAGUUCACUUUUUUUGCGGU